CAGUUCCCUGUUUUCUGAGAGAUGAUAAGAUAAGUAGCUGUAUAAAAAAGCUGGUCUUCCUCUUGUUCAGCACCUCGUCACGGGACGGCUGAAGCUACAGACGGCAAACGGUAACCAUCAUCUUCAGCAUCUCAUCAUCUCAUCAUCUUCACCAUGAAGGCGCUGACUGUGUCUGCACUUGUUUGUGCCAUGAUGGCUCUGACUAGAGCUGCUGCUCUUCCAGAGGAAACAUCCGGGAAUGGAAGUGACAAAACAGCUAAGAGUCACCUGGUCAAGAGGUCAACAUCUUGCGACGGUGGUUGGUCUGAGUUCCACGGUCGCUGUUUCUAUUACGUUCCCAUAGCCAUGACCUGGGCUCAAGCUGAGAAAAACUGCCUGUCCAUGGGUGGAAACCUCGCAUCCAUUCACAAUGUCAUGGAGUACCAUGAGAUUCAGAGGCUGAUACUGAUGUCCAGUCAUGAGUACAAACAAGCAUGGAUUGGAGGCUCUGAUGCACAGGAGGAGAAGCAAUGGUUCUGGAUUGAUGGUACACCUUUCAACUACUUGAACUGGUGUGCUGGAGAGCCAAAUAACCAUCACGGCAAGCAGAAUUGUUUGCACAUGAAUCAUGCAGCUCUGAAGUGCUGGGAUGAUUUACAGUGCCACAAUCGAGUACCGUCUGUCUGUGCCAAGAAAAUCAGAUGAUUCAUGGCUGUUACAGAGACAGGAAGUACCUGUACCUUGUGUGCUGCUUUCAAAUACAUCCGUCUUCACACCAUCCAUCUCACAUAUGAGCUGACGGGUUUAAUUUACCUUUCAUAUCUGUAUUUUUCUCUUCUAUCGCUGUAACGCUACAUAAGGAACGAAGUGACAGGCGACAUAGAUAAGAGCUGGAGUGACUCGGAGGCCUUGUGCCUUUUAAUAAGAGCUCACUGGAUGUGUUAUGAAAAGAAUGCUUUAAGCACAACUUCACAUAUAUUCUGCAGAAUGAACUAUUCUUUCUUUAUGCAACAAUAAAAGCCUCAAGCAUUGAAACAA